AUGGACUCAAGCAAGCGGCCGCGAGGCCCUCCCGCUCAGAUAGCCUCGUCAAAACGGCCGUUUCCCGCCCGCGGCGGCGGCGGAAGCGGAAUUCCCGCGUCGCGACGCGACGAGGAGGAAGGCGAGGCGAUGGCGGUAGGGACGGAGGAGGAAGAGGAGGAGGUCGAAGAAGCCAUGGCUGUCGGCGGCGACGCGGGAGGAGGGGAUAUGGAUGAGGACGAGGCGAUGAUGAUCAUGAUGGCGGAGGACGCGACAGAUUUGAUUCGGAGGGCGGAGCAGGCGGCGAAGGAGGAGGCUCGGCGGGUGGGACAGAUGGGUAGGCUGCAGCCGCUUUUAGCUAAGUGGCGGCGGCAGCCGGUGGCGGAAUUCGACCCUAGAAAAACGGAUAUAGUGUUUCAGCAGCUUGACAUUGAUUACUACUUGACAUCCGACUCACCCUUCAAAACUCAUUACAAGAGCUCCGCUGUACUGCGAAUCUUUGGUGUCAACGAACAUGGAAACAGUGUGUGCGCCAUGGUGCAUGGAUUUCUGCCCUACUUCUAUGUGAUGGCACCGUCACAGUUCACAUACGAUGAUGUUGCAGCCUUCCACACACAACUCUCGGAAAGGGGUCAGGCGAAGGGAGUGGUGGCGAUAAGAGUGGAAAUGUUAAAAGCGCAGGGGCUGCUAUACUAUCAAGGCCCCGAUAAGAAGACAUUUCUUAAGAUCACACUCGCUCUGCCCACUAUGGUGGCUCCAUGCAGAGCAUACUUCGAACAAGGCUUUGAGUGGAACGGGUUUCAAUUCCCUGCCACCACCUACGAGAGCAAUGUGCUCUUUGCACUGCGCUUCAUGAUCGACUGCCACGUCACCGGCGGCAACUGGAUCUCGCUGCCAGCUGGCACCUAUACAGACCUAGUCAGCCACGAAGGCACGGGGCAGUGGUCCCGCAUGGCCCCUUUUCGCAUCCUCAGUUUUGACAUCGAAUGCAGCGGGCGCAAGGGGCACUUCCCUGAGCCGCAGCACGACCCGGUGAUUCAGAUCGCCAACAUCGUUUCCCAGCAGGGCAGCAGCGACCCGCUCGUUCGCACCGUGCUCACCCUCGGCUCGUGUGCUCCCAUCGUGGGGUGCGAUGUGGUGGCGUUUGAAACGGAGCAACAGCUGCUGCUGGCUUGGAAGGAGCUCAUCCAGGCAACAGACCCCGACAUGAUCAUCGGAUACAACAUUCAGAAGUUUGAUCUGCCCUACUUGAUUGAGAGGGCAGAGAAGCUGAAUCUGAAGACCUUCCCGUUCCUCGGUCGGAUCCUCAACACCCAGCUCAAGAUGCGCGAUGCUCGCUUUCAAUCCAGGCAGUACGGCACAAGGGAAACCAAGGAGGUGACUCUGGAUGGGCGAGUGCAAUUUGAUCUGCUGGUGGCCAUUCAGAGAGAGCACAAGCUCAGCUCCUACUCCCUCAACUCCGUCUCUGCUCACUUCCUCAACGAACAGAAGGAGGACGUGCAUCACUCCAUCAUUGCCGACCUUCAGAACGGCGAUGCCCAAACGCGACGCCGCCUGGCCGUGUACUGCCUGAAAGACGCGUACCUGCCGCAGCGGCUGCUGGAGAAGCUCAUGAUGGUCUACAACUACGUUGAGAUGGCGCGUGUGACUGGCGUUCCCAUCUCCUUCCUGCUUGCUCGAGGGCAGAGUAUCAAGGUGCUCUCUCAAAUCCUACGCAAGGCGAGGCAGCGAGAGUUGCUGGUGCCCAACAUGAAGGUUCAGGCGGGGGCAGGAGCAGAUGCAACAUAUGAGGGGGCGACGGUGCUGGAGCCGAAGCAGGGGUUCUAUGAACGGCCAGUUGCCACUCUUGACUUUGCAUCGCUGUACCCGUCGAUUAUGAUGGCGCAUAACCUCUGCUACUGCACUCUGGUUCAGAAGGAGCACGGCAUCAGGCCAUCAAAUGACCAAAUAUCGCAAACCCCUACAGGGGACCUUUUUGUUAAGGCAUCCGCUGCUAAGGGCAUUCUGCCGGAGAUUUUGGAAGAGUUGCUGGCAGCGAGAAAGAGAGCAAAGGCGGACCUUAAGAAAGCCACGGAUCCCUUGGAGAAAGCAGUGCUGGACGGCCGACAGCUGGCACUCAAGGUGAGUGCCAACUCGGUCUACGGCUUCACAGGGGCCACUAUCGGUGCUCUGCCCUGCUUGGAAAUCUCAUCCAGCGUGACUGCCUAUGGGCGGCAGAUGAUAGAGCACACGAGGGCGUUUGUGGAGCAGCACUACUCCAUCGCCAACGGCUACUCGCACAAUGCGGAUGUGGUGUACGGCGAUACCGACUCGGUGAUGGUCAUGUUUGGCGUGGACACUGUUGAAGAGGCCAUGCGCAUGGGCAGGCAGGCAGCAGAAGAAAUCUCUGAUACCUUCCCCAAGCCAAUCAGGUUGGAGUUUGAGAAGGUGUAUUUCCCGUACCUGCUGAUCAACAAGAAGCGCUACGCCGGGCUGUACUGGUCCAACUCCAAGGCCUUUGACAAGAUGGACACCAAAGGUAUUGAGACGGUUCGGAGAGACAACUGCUUGUUGGUCCGCCAGGUGGUGGAUGAGUGCUUGCGGCGCAUUCUAAUGGAGCGGGAUAUCCCGGGGGCCGUGGCGUAUGUGAAGGCUGUCAUCUCAGACCUACUCAUGAACAAGCUCGACCUCUCGCUGCUGGUUAUCACCAAGGCGCUAACCAAGGGAGGUGACGACUAUGCCGUCAAGGCGGCCCACGUCCAGCUGGCUGAGAGAAUGCGCAAGCGUGACCCCGCCACAGCACCGGGCAUCGGGGAUCGAGUGGCAUAUGUCAUCUGCAAGGCUCCCAAGGGCAGCAAGGCAUACGAGAAGUCAGAGGACCCCAUCCACGUGCUGGAGAACAACAUACCCAUCGACCCGCACUACUACCUUGAGAACCAACUCAGCAAGCCACUGCUGAGAAUUUUCGAGCCCAUUCUGAAGAACGCAAGCAAGGAGCUGCUGAGCGGGGCGCACACGCGUGCCGUUUCCAUUUCCACGCCUUCGACAGGUGGCAUCAUGCGAUUCGCCAAAGUCCGCCUCUCCUGCCUCGGCUGCAAGACGCCCCUCAGUGCGGGAGUGCGAGGAGCAGUUUGGAAGGCUAUGGGUGGAGUGCCAGCGAUGUCAGGGCAGCUUGCAUCAAGACGUGCUCUGCACCAGCCUGCACAAAACGCAUUCACCAGGUUUCGAACUCCUGACCGGAGCUUCACUAUAGGCUGCCCCGCUGGAUCGUCGGCCAGAGCAGCAGAGGUUCCCGAGGCGGAGAGCGCGAACGUGCGAUUCGAUCCGAGCUUCGAUGGCAAACCAGCAGUGGCGGUUGGGACGGAGGAUCGACUGCGUACAGAUGGAAGUGAGGAGGGAGAGAGUGAGGGACGAAAAUCAGAGAAGAGCGAGAGUAGAGUGACAAGAGCAAGGGAAGUGGGGGGAAAGGUUGCGGGAGGCGGGUGGAAGCGUGGAGAGAGAGAUGGGUGCAAGGACUCAGAGGAGGAGGAGGAGGCAGUUGCGGUAAUCGCUGGAGUGUUGAGAGAGAAAUUCGGGGAUCAGAUCGUGAGAGAGGAGGGGGAGGAGGAGGGGUGUACAAACGGAAUGAUUACGGACGAGGAGGAUGCUAAGGGACGACACGAAGCGAAAGAGGUGGGGGAUGGGGAUGAGGAAAGAGAGGGCGCAGAAGCUGAGGGCGAAGUGGGUGAGGAUUGGAACGAGGGGGGAGAAGCUGAAGCAGAAGCAGAAGCGAGUGAGGAGGACGCACCACCCAACACAUCUCCUCCCACACGCCCAUCUCCUCCAUUCUAUGGCCCUCGUCGGGCCUCCGGAGCGCAUUGCCGCCAACCUCCUCCUCCUCCAGUCCUUCACUCCCCCUGA